AUGGCCACCGCGGAGAAAUCGAGAUCUAGGUUACACGAAGCCACCAGCGACCCCGCCGUCGCCGCCGCCGGCGAUGAGGCCGCCGCAGAGGCUGCAGGAGAGGGGGAUGGGAGGCCACCAAGCUCCCCAUCAGGUCAUGUGUAUGAUGGCGAUGCGGCCGAGUCCUCGUCGGAGGAAUCCUCGUAUCCACCCAGCCCUCUGCUCCACAGACCCUACAUCCCCGACGACCUAGCUCAUAGGCCGGACAUACGUGCCGCCUUCAAGCACGCCAAGGCCCAAUACCAAGCAGAUUUAUUUACUAGCAAAAAAGUCUCUUGUCGGUUUGUCUUCACCUUGGAUCGCUGCUCUUCUGUUUCGUGCAUGUCUGACGAGCGACACCUUCUCCAUAUCCAUGAGCCUGCAAAGAGUGCUGUGCUUUUUGCCGCCAACUCUAUCAUCACCCUCUCAUCCUAUCUUGAUGAUGAGCCGCUGAAUAGGUGUUGUGCUUUGUGGAUCCAACGGGACGACAAGAAGAAUACCGCCGUGGUGUUGACGUCCCCGCAUCUCAUUCGCGCAAAGGAUCCUGACUAGUGAAUGGAUGAGUGGACGGGCGAAUAUCAUCGCAAGGCUGAGUUACAUCCGGGGUGUUACAUUGUUCACUUGUUUGAUGACACAACUGCAGUAGCCAGUCUCCUCUACCUCCAGAAGCACUAUGAAUUUGCUCUUUACGAGGUUGUAGUGAACAAACCGGUUCGACUGUCCACUUUUAAUGACAAUGUGCACUCUGGUCAAGAUGUGCUCCGACUUGGAAGAGAUGAAAGUCUUGAUCUAAGGAUAACCCAUGGUAGGGUGGAGUAUAUGAUUCCAGUCCCUUACGAGAGAUGUCACUACAUGUAUUUUUCCAACAAUGAACAUAGCUUGCGUGACGAUGGAGGCCCUAUCAUUGACUUGGAAGGGAAAGUUGUGGGAAUGGUUAACAAUCAAAUCAAUGAGACCUUUUUACCAACUUCUAUAUUGCACAAGUGCUUGGAUUCAUGGAGAAAGUUAAAGUGCAUCCCUCGGCCCCACCUUGGAAUGACCUUUACUUCCAUCAAGCUUCUAGAUCCUAUUUGUAUUGAGAGGAUGAGGCGUAAGUAUAACAUUGAGUCUGGUCUUAUUGUUGAAGAGGUGUCAAAAGAAUCAAAUGCUGAGAAACUUGGAAUCCGGAAGGGUGAUAUUAUUGAAUGUUUCAAUGGAGAAUAUACUUCCAGUACAAUUGAGCUGGAAAAGAUGUUGUUGGACAUAGGCAAGGACCAUUUUGAACAAGCAAAAUGCUUAAAUGCUGAAAUAGAUGUUCAAAUCCAAAUAUUUCGUGCCACAAAACUUUGCCGAAGAACUAAAAACUUGACUGUAAUUAUAUCGGAUUGUGGAGAGGACAUCAUCAUAGAAGCAAAAUAUGUAUCUAAUUGA